AUGGCGACGGUGACGGGGGGACUGUUCGCCGCGAGGAACACGCUGAUGCACAGGAUCCUGGUCCGAACUCGAGCGGGACGUUCCGGCUGGACGUCAGCAAGAUGGCCGAGGGCGACAGGGCAGGAGCGGUGCUCUUCCGCGACCGGUCUGCGUGCAUCGGCGUGGAAGCAGGACGGCAAAGAGCAGAUUGUGCUUGUCACCGAGAUGGCGCUGACCACCUCGACCUGGAAUACGUCGCCGACGGGAUCGGCUGUCGCGAACGGGCCGAUGUCCACGCAGGGCACACGACAAAAACCGAAGCAACCCGAUCCGGACAGGGACCGACGCUGGACCAGUGUUGUCAUCGUCGUCCGGUAAGUUUCGGCGCGGUCGCUAACUCGAGCUGACACGCAGGUUGCAGUGGACAUGCCGGAACGGUAGGUCGUGCUGUGCAGAUCUGCUUCGCCCACCCAGUGACGAGUGUCGCCCAUCGCCGUCGCCAUCACCGUACGGUCGCGUAUCAAGUGUCCGACAUCUCUUUGUUCGCCUUUUCUGUCCGUUUGCCUUCUUCAGUAUCCAUCCCUCUUCGUCGUAUCGCAUCCAUCCUAUUCCUCCCAAUCGGCCAAGUCAAGUCUCCACACCCUCCACUGGUCUCGCAUCGCAAAGUCCUGUCGCGUUCCCAUCUUCCACACCGUCCGCCAGUUCCACCCUUGAAGGACUCCAAAGACACCUACCCACCCCGUUGUGUGAUCACACCGGCACCAGUGCCGCAUCCGGUACGCCCUGCC